AUUACAUUCGAAACAUCACGAACGCACCAACACCAUUGACGGAUAUUCAUUUUGUAACCGAUUCUGUUCGGAUUCGUAAUGAACUCUUGGCAGCGUUCUGAUUUGUUCCCGUCUUUUUGGAGGCCGUUUCUCCACUUUUUUGUAUUAUUUUAUGCUGCAUUAAAUUUUUGAAAAAUAAAAGAGGGGUACACCUAUUCUUUCCCAUCUGCCAAUCCGUUUUAUUGUAAAGAAAAAUCAACACAGCAGGAGGAAAUGCUCAAAAGCUUAUGAAACAGUAGGCUUACACAACCUUAACUUAACGUGCAAGAAAACUGGGAUACUGAGGGACAGUGACAACUGCACUUUCGUCUGUAUCUUAAUAAAAGUCCGAACUCCACAUACCGUACUUAAAAAAAUAUAUAUUUUAUUAAUGCUGUAUUAAUUGACCGUGUAUUGGACGAAGCCGUUACUGAAAAUUCAAGGUUGCCCGGUAAAUGGUUGAAUGGAAAAAUAUUUACGUGUAAAAUGAAAUAUAAUGAUGUAGUUGUCUGGUGUAUAUUUAUUCACUCCGUUAUUCGUAGGGGGUGGGAAUUUUUGAACUAUUACUACGGUAACACUCUAUCAUUACUCGAAGACCCUAUGAAACAUGGCCCUCCGCUGCAUUAAUAUAAUCACGUGGUUCACUGCAAGCGCUGCUGGUCCCUUGUGACUGAAGGUCCUGAGGAAAAAGUGCGUCUGAACACCUGUGAAAUCGCCUGAACAUCCGAGUCGACUCAAGUGAAAUUAUACGUAUAAAUCGUAUCGCGAUUGACUGCCCUUUCCCACCGUUGAUUUAUGAAGGAAGUCGACGCGCUUUCAUUGAGCUGCGUUGUAUAUUUUUCCGCCUUGUGAUUUUUUUCGUGGGGCCGGGCGGUGUCUUGGGCAGCUCACCGCUGUUACCAGGCAGAUCGAGUCCCAACAUGGCGGCGACGGGGAGCGAAGAGGAGACGCAGUUGCAAGACAUGGAGGAAGAAGCGGCCGGCGGAGAGAGGGAGAUGGAGUCAGAAGAGGAAGGCAUGGGAGUCGAAGGGUCCGAUGAGGAGGAGGGAGACUCCUCGGACGAUGAGAAGGAAAACGAGGCUGAAAUCCAGCGCUUGGAGGAACAACUGUCCAUCAACGCCUUCGACUAUAAUUGCCAUGUGGACCUGAUUAAACUGCUCCGCCAGGAGGGGGAGCUGGUGCGUCUGCACAGAGCGCGACAGAAGAUGAGCGAACUCUUCCCUCUCACGGAAGAGAUCUGGUUGGACUGGCUGAAAGAUGAAAUACGCAUGGCAGAUCAAGAUUCUGAUCGGGAGAAAGUGUAUGAGCUCUUUGAGAAGGCAGUCAAGGAUUACAUCUGCCCCGAGAUCUGGCUGGAAUACGCUCAGUAUUCCAUUGGGGGGAUCGGGACUCAGGGUGGGAUACAGAAAGUGCGAGAGAUCUUUGAAAGAGCCCUGACAGCUGUGGGCUUGCACAUGACUAAAGGGACGGCCGUGUGGGAGGCGUUCAGAGAGUUUGAGAACGCUAUCCUGGGAACUGUACAGCCCCUUCCAGGCAGUGUUCCCACUCCUGAGCAGCAGGCGCUAUUGAAUGCACAGCUUGAGCGAAUCCACACACUGUUCCGGCGCCAGCUGGCUGUCCCUUUAUUGGAUAUGGAGGCCACAUACGCUGAGUACGAAGAGUGGUCUGACAAAGCUAUUUCAGCUGCUGUUACUCAGCAGUAUAAGAAAGCUCUGCAGCAGAUGGAGAAGAGCAAGCCAUAUGAGGAGGCUUUGCUGGUGGCCGAGCCACCUAAAUUGGCAGAAUAUCAGGCCUACAUAGAUUACGAGCUAAAGGAAGGCGAUCCAGCUCGAAUUCAGGUCAUCUUUGAACGUGCGCUUGCUGAGAAUUGCCUGGUGCCUGACAUGUGGGCCAAGUACACACAGUACCUGGACAGGCAGCUGAAGAUUAAAGAUUUGGUCCUUUCCUCUCACGACCGUGCGGUGAGGAACUGCCCCUGGACAGUGGGCCUGUGGAAGAAUUACCUGCUGGCCCUGGAGAGGCAUGGCGCUGAGCACCAGACUGUGUCAGACAACUUUGAAAAGGCCCUGAACGCCGGCUUUAUUCAGGCGACGGACUACGUUGAAAUAUGGCAAGCUUACCUGGACUACCUGAGGAGGCGAGUGGAUUUCAGCAAAGAGUCGAGUAGAGAGCUCGAGGAGCUCAGGGCAGCUUUCACCCGGGCUCUUGACUACAUGAAACAGGACGUGGAGGAGCGCUUCAGUGAGAGCGGUGACCCUUCCUGUACGAUUAUGCAGAUCUGGGCCAGGAUAGAGGCGUUGCACUGUAAGAACAUGCAGAAGGCCAGGGAACUGUGGGAUAGCAUCAUGACAAAAGGAAAUGCCAAGUAUGCCAACAUGUGGCUGGAGUACUACAACCUGGAGAGGUCGUAUGGAGACACCCAGCACUGCAGGAAGGCCCUACACCGCGCGGUCCAGUGCACCUCUGACUACCCUGAGCAUGUGUGCGAGGUCCUGCUCACUUUCGAGAGGGUGGAAGGCACUCUGGAAGAGUGGGACAUUGCUGUGCAAAAAACAGAAAACCGAUUGACCAGAGUCAACGAGCAGAGAGCCAAAGUGGCGGAGAAGGAGGCUUUGCUGGCCAAACAGGAGGAGGAGAAGGCGGAGCAGAGGAGGAAGGCCAAAGCGGAGAAGAAGGCUCAGAAGAAGACCCAGAAAAUGGGCCGGACUGGAGAGAAGAGGAAAGCUGAGGAAGAGGAGGAAGAGGAGGAUGAGUGGGGAGAGGAAUCUGAACAGCCCAUGAAAAAGCACAAAGGGGAGGGCGACCAGGGCUUCAGAGACGCUGGAGAAGAAGCCAUGGAGACAGAGACUGGGCUGUUUGGCCGAAAAGCCCCCUUGGCGAAGACAUCGGAAGUGUCCGCUGGAAAGAAACCCCAGGUGGCUGCCGCCAAGCAGGGCAACCAAGACAAACGCAAUGACAGGAAAAGCGUCUUCGUCAGCAACCUGGCCUUCACCUUGGAGGACCCCGAGACGAAAAUCAGGGACUUUUUCGAACGGUGUGGCCCUGUUGAGGAAGUGCGUCCCGUCUAUAAACAGAACGGCACCUUCCGAGGGUACUGCUACGUGCAGUUUGAAGACCAGAAGACGGUCCCGGAGGCCCUUAAGCUUGACCGACAAGAGAUGGACGGCAGACCCAUGUUUGUCUCCCCUUGUGUGGACAAAAGCAAGAAUCCAAACUUCAAGGUGUUCAAGUACAGCAGCUCUCUGGAGAAACACAAGAUCUUCAUCUCGGGUCUGCCCUUCUCCUGCACCAAGGAGCAGCUCGAGGAGCUUUGUAAAGAGCACGGCUCCUUCAAAGACAUCCGCCUCGUCACCAACCGAGCUGGGAAACCCAAGGGCCUCGCCUACGUGGAGUUCGAGAACGAGGAGCAGGCCUCCCGUGCCGUCCUUAAGAUGGACGGAAUUGUGUUCCAGGAUCACACCAUUAAGGUGGCCAUCAGCAAUCCUCCCCAGAGGAAUGUGACGGGCAAGCCAGAGUCCAGCAGACUCCUGGGGUCCAUGAUUCCAAGGCAACUCUAUGGGGCGAGGGGGAAAGGCCGCACCCAGCUCUCGAUGUUCCCUCGAGCGCUGCACCGACAGCCUGCCCCGCAGGCCAAGGCGGAGAACGGGACCCUGCAGAGCCAGCCGGAGGGCCCGGUACGAGAGGAGCCGGCGUCCGCCUCAGGAGCACAGCCUAAACCCCUGUCCAACGCGGACUUCGCCGGGCUGCUCCUGAAGAAGUAACUGUGGACAUUCAGAGCAAUGGGGAAAUAACUGCCUUUUUAACACAAGCCAUUUUGUGUCCUUAAAAAAAAAAAGAAAAAUUGUAAUUUUGCUGUAAAUAUUUGAAAACCCCUGUAGCCAAUUCUAUGAGAGAAAGCCUUAAUGAUCCAGGGCUCCACACAUUCUGAAAGUCUUUUUAUGGGGGGUGGGGGUGGGAGCAGACCAGCCUACAUUUACUUGGAGAUUGGUAAGCCUACAAAUAUUAUUCACUUUUACAAUAUAUAGAUGUCUAGAUUUAAUAAAGCUCAGUUCAUUUUUUAUUUUUUUUAUCUCCAAUCCUUACCAUAUGAUGUUUUAUAGAUUUACUUUUUACCUUGCGGCUUCUGUUAAUUGUUGUUCAUGAAUGGGAAAUACAGGGUUUGUAAUCUUAUGGCAAUUUUUGCAUACACCGUAGAUCUUAGAACUUUAGUAGAAACUUUUACAGAAUAAGAAAUAAGAUUGAAUUUUGUAGGCAUUCUGAAAAUGAUGCUGACAGAAACUGCAUUGUAUAUAACUUCUCAGGAUAAUGGUGACGUAAAAGAAAGGUUUUCCUCCUUUGCCAUUUUAAAUAUCUUAUUUAAUAAUAUGUAAGAACUGAGUUUUAUUGAAGCUUUUAACAAUAUAAAGUGAAGCCUUUAUAUGAUUAAAAAUGCAUUUAAGAAAGGUUGCCAAUCUCCACAUUUCAUUCCAGCAAAAACAAAAUAAGGUUAAAAGCACGAUUUUGGUAAAAAGGUUUAUCAGCAGAUAUGCAAGUGACAUUUUUCAGAUGUAUUACUCAGAGAACAUUACAUUUGGAACUCCUUCAUGUGACUAAGUAUAAAAAAGUCUUUAAAGAAAUUCCGCUAGGGAAACUACGUCCCUAGUGUUUUAAACAACUUCAAGGAGACAAAAUGGAGAAAUAGUCACGCUUUAAGUAAGCAAUUAAAAUAUUUUUUUAGUAUUGUCUGACUAUUCAACCAGUUCUCUGCUUCUGCCUUCAGUUCUCAAAACCUUUUUGGAAUUCCUACAAAGGGAAGUCUAUCCCAUACUAACCCAACUCAUAAUGAAACAAAGAACUCCUGUAACCUUUAAUAUUACCUUAUUUUGUCUUUGCUAAUUUAUGGCACUCUUCAUAGGCAGUUGUUAAGGCUUUUUUUUUUGGUUAUCCAUUGAAACCCAGUGUUCUGAUUUGAAGUCUGGUGAUGAGAUCUCUCACAUUGAGGGCGCUUAUUUAAAAAAAUAAUCCCAGUUUUGCUGUUUUCCCAGCAGAGGUUGAUUAAUGUCUGUUAACUAAUAUUGCCGAGGUACAAUCCCAGCCCGGGCCACAUUGCAGAUGAAUGCUGUCUAUACACAGUUACAAGCCUAACGCACCUUGCCUGGUUUGUGCAGCUUUCUCGGGAGUUUGAGCCAAUAUCAAAGGUAAACCUGGUUUUCUGAACACUUCUGUGUGAUUCUUGUUGAAAUCUAUUCUGUCGCUGGCUUCAUUUAUCUAGUGUAGCCCUGCCUUAACCUGUAUUCCUCCUGCAGGCAUCAUUGUCACUCCCAGAUAAACGGGGGUUCAAGUCUCUAUCCCAGAUGGUGCGAGUCCGAGCCUAGGUUGUGUUGGUAGACAACGAUGACUAGGAAUCCCUAACUGGGGGCAUAUAAUUGGCUGAAUGCUCCAGAAGGGGGCUCUUUCCAGCAGACGGUGAAUUACCAGGGACCUGUGCCCAUAGAGUAAUGUUACAUGGCCUACCAGUCUCAUUCUCUUCUGAGUGAGUACUGUAUAUAGGUCAUUGCCAGACAGCCACGUCUUUAACAAAACUCUUGGUAAACCCAAAUGAGUGUACAAGUAGUGCAGAGAUAAUCUACAAUUCAUUGACUCCCCCCCAUUACUCAGGUGGUCCCAUAACCUGCAGAAGGGAGAGGUCUGGGAGAAGUUCAAGAUCCUGACAGAUGGUGGUUUAGCUUUUGAAACCGGCGAAGAGGCUGCAAAAACAAUUCCUCAUUUUCCUCUCGUGGAAGCAGCUUGAGAAAAAUCUAUGCACCUGUUUAUUGUAGGUAGACGUUUCUUUACGGAAACUUACAUUUUCGUAGAACUGAAAUGUGCUCUGUAAAAUAGUCACCGAUCUUCAACUAGCAAUACCGUAAUCAUGGACUAAAAUCAGACGAGUUGAUGACCAUUCAAGGAACUUUGCAGGACUCCUGGCCCAUCCUCAAGCUCAUAGGAUAGCUGUGAUAUUUUCCUCUUUACGUUGAUCUUUCUCCAAGAACACUACUUCAUAAGUGAAUGAAAAUAAAGCCAACCGGAACACAUUUCAAUUGAAAAAACAACAACACUUACAGUGUGUACAGAAAACACUUCUCCCUCCACGCAGUAUGGUUUUUUUUUUGUGGUAAAAUUAAAAACAACAAAUAGAUUCACCAGCUAGCCUUUUUUGUUUUUGUUUUACUGACACUUAGAAUCUGUUUUAGUCAGAUGUUCAGUGCUCGCAUCACCAAUUGUUGACCAUAGUUUUGUAUAGAGUUUGUAUGUUUUAAAACAAGAGGAUAAAAUUAGCGAUUGCUAGUGACAUUUAUCACCGCAGUGGCCUAUUUUAGUAAAAGGAAUUAAGAAAAUAAGCUUAUGUCCGUUUGAUGUUCCGUAUCAAUGGGUGGUAUUCAAAUUGUAUUGACAUUUGAAAAUGUAUUUUUUUUGAUGAUGUUUAAUAUGUUGGUCUGUUGACCUCAAUGUUGGUAAUUGUGCUGGAAAUCAUUUAUUGAAGUUUUUUUUUAAGUUUUAAAAUUUUAAAUGCCGACAGGCAGUUACACAUGGACCAUUUUAUUUUUAUGCGUUUUUUUCUGGCUUUUCUUUAAAGGUUUCCUGAUUUUGUUUUUGGCUGUUUCUGAUAUUGUACAAAAACCUAAGUCUUUUGUCUUCUCAUGUGAUUGAAUUUUUGUGAUGUUUCAGGCCUACAAAAUGCUACAUUAAAAGCAAUUAAAUAUUU